AUGGUUCACUUCACAGCUGAGGAGAAGGCAGCUAUCACAAGCAUCUGGGAUAAAGUGGACUUGGAAAAGGUUGGAGGAGAAACCCUGGGAAGGCUCCUGAUUGUUUACCCAUGGACUCAGAGAUUCUUUGACAAAUUUGGAAACCUCUCUUCUCCUUUGGCCAUCAUGGGAAACCCCCGGAUCAGAGCCCAUGGCAAGAAAGUACUGACAUCUCUAGGCUUGGCAGUUAAGAACAUGGACAACCUCAAGGAGACCUUUGCUCAUCUCAGUGAGUUGCACUGUGACAAGCUUCACGUGGAUCCUGAGAACUUCAAGCUCCUGGGUAACAUGCUGGUGAUUGUUCUUUCUUCUUACUUUGGGAAGGAAUUCACCGCUGAGGUGCAGGCUGCCUGGCAGAAGCUGAUGGCUGGGGUGGCCACUGCUCUGUCCCACAAGUACCACUGA